AUGGACCCAAACAAAUGGACAGAUGCAACUGUUCAAGUGUUCAAAGAAUCACAAGAAAUAGCAUUUGAAAGAAAAAAUGCAUAUAUUAUGCCAAUUCAUAUGAUGGAAGCAAUUGUUGAAGAAGAAUCAAAUAUUGUUAUCCGAAUAGUUGAAAUGAUGGGAGGUGAUGUUAAUAAAUUAAAGAAAGAAAUAAAAGAAACAAUGAAUAAAGUCCCAGUUCAAAAUCCACCACCAGUUGAUAUUGGACUUCAUCCAACAACACAACAAGUAUUAAGAAGAGCAAUAGAGAAACAAAAAAGAAUGGGAGACUCAUAUCUUGCAAUAGAUGUAAUUGUAAUGUCAUUAAUGGAAGAGAAAGAAAUUAGUACAAUAGUAGGAAAUAGUGGAAUUAAUGUGAAAGAAUUUAACAAAAAAAUAACAGAAAUGAGAAAAGGACAAAGUGUAGAAACAAAAGAAGCAGAAAGUCAGUAUGAAGCAUUAAAGAAAUAUGGAAAUGAUUUAACAGCACAAGCAGAAAGUGGAAAGAUGGAUCCAAUUAUUGGAAGAGAUGAAGAAAUUAAACGAGUUAUUCGUAUUUUAUCAAGAAGAACAAAAAAUAAUCCAGUAUUAAUAGGAGAACCAGGAGUAGGUAAAACAGCAGUAGUUGAAGGACUUGCACAACGAAUAGUUAAAGGAGAUGUUCCAAGUAAUUUACAAUGUCGAGUUAUUGGAUUAGAUAUGGGAGCAUUAAUAGCAGGAGCACAAUAUAGAGGACAAUUUGAAGAAAGAUUAAAAGCAGUAAUAAAAGAAGUUAAAGAAAGUAAAAUACCUAUUAUAUUAUUUAUAGAUGAAAUUCAUACAGUAUUAGGAGCAGGAGCAACAGGAGAAGGAGCAAUGGAUGCAGCUAAUAUUUUAAAACCAAUGUUAUCAAGAGGAGAAUUACGAUGUAUUGGAGCAACAACAUUAGAAGAAUAUAGAAAAUAUGUAGAAAAAGAUCCAGCAUUUGAAAGACGAUUCCAACAAGUUUAUGUAAAAGAACCAAGUGAAGAAAAUACAUUAUACAUUCUUCGAGGAAUACGAGAGAAAUAUGAAAAUCAUUAUGGAUUAACAAUUACCGAUUCAGCAUUAGUUUCAGCAACAACAUUAAGUAAAAGAUAUAUUAAUGGAAGAUUUCUUCCAGAUAAAGCAAUUGAUUUAGUUGAUGAAGCAUGUGCUACAUUAUUUACACAAAAGAAUUCACAACCAGAAGAAAUAGAUAAAUUAGAAAGAAGAGAAACACAAUUAAAUGUAGAGAAAAUAGCAUUAGAAAGAGACAUUAAAGAAAGUGAUGAAGACCAUAAUAAAAUGAUUAAAGAAAGACUACAAGAAAUUGAAAAAGAAUUAAGUGAAAAUAAAGAGAAAUUAACAAAAUUACGAAUUAAUUAUGAAAAAGAAAAAGGAGGAAGUGAAGAAAUGAAAGAACUUGCAACGAAAAUAGAAGCUAUGAAACAUAAAGCAGAAAGUA